AAUAUUUAUUAUUUUACACAUACUUUUAUGAGUAGAAUAGGAAGAAAUGCUUACAUAACUUUUCAGUCUAGUGAUGAUUCUUCUUUUUUUGUUUGUUUGUUUGUUUUUAACUUUGUAGUCCAUGGCUGAAGUCCUUGCUAAAAAAGAGGAGCUAGCAGAUCGUCUUGAAAAAGCCAAUGAAGAAGCCAUUGCUAGUGCGAUUGCUGAAGAGGAACAGUUAACUAGAGAAAUUGAAGCUGAGGAAAUAACGAUAUUAACAUUGAAACUGACAACGACAGUGAUUUUUCUGCCAGCAUGGGCAGUGGGGGUGUAUCUUUCUGUGGUAUGUCUAUGGACUGGAAUGAUGUUCUUGCAGAUUAUGAAGCUCGUGAAUCUUGGCGCCAGAAUACAUCCUGGGGGGACAUUGUAGAAGAGGAGCCUGCAAGACUUCCAGGGCAUGGAAUUCAUAUGCAUGAGAAACUUUCCUCACCAUCUCGGAAAAGGACAAUUGCAGAAUCUAAGAAGAAGUAUGAGAAAAACACAUGAAAGCACAGCACUAAGGGAAAAGUUACGUGAAGAGAAAACAUUAAAGCUUCAGAAAUUGUUAGAAAGGGUGAGUUUUUCAUUUCAACAAAAUCGUGGGAGUCUUAUAUUUUGGUGGGCUAUUUUUUCAAGUAGACCUUUCUCUUCUGGUUUGAGAGAAGAUAAAAGAAUGACAAAAUUAAAUUUGCUAGGAAAUAAAGCCAUUUCUAUCAAAUUCCAGAGGGCUAAUUGUUUAAAAAGGAAAGAAUUAGUCUUUACUGAACUAUCUAGUAAUUAAUAUUUUGCAAAUUUGCAUGGAUUUUUGAAGCCGUACUUUGUCUGUUGCCAUUUUCACUGGGAGGUUUCCUUGAGUAGUCUUGUCAAAGUGUGAAAAGACUUGGUAGGACAGUUUAGAGACUGAGCUAGUUAGUUCUAUGUGUUUGUCGCCUGUGGCUAGCCUGUGUUCCUGGUGUGCAUUUCUGAUUUUGAUUUUCACUGUUGUGAGUGUGCCUAUGGCCAACCCUCAUGCAGGAGUGCAAGUUACCACCCUGGCCUCCAGUUGUUGUCAGUACACCUGUAUACCACUGGCCCUGUAGCCAUGCAUGUGCAUGUCCUUACUGUCAUACAUGUGCCAAUACCUAAGGACCAGAGUUGUGAUACCGCUGGCCUGGCCCUUUCCUACCUAGGUAUGGUCACUGCUUAAUCCAGAAGCAUUACGGAGGAUCUCAGCAGCCCUCCUAGGUACUGCAAGUACCCAGAAGGUUUUGCACCUGAGGAACAGUUUCUGAUGUCACUGUUCUCAGCCCCCAUUUGCCAUGCUACUGCAUACCUCUGGAACCAGAGUUGUUGUUUGUGCCCAUAUUUGUCACCCACAUGUUACUAGCUUUGUGUAACAAUGCGCUGCUGUUUGCCCACCUUCCCUCCACUUCUCCCAUCAGUGCUUCCAUGGUCCCUCCCCAAGGUGAUGGCCUUUCCUUACCAAGGUGAUGGCCUUUCCUUACCAAAGCCAGUCCAUGCCUGGGCAAGGUGACCGUUUUCUUUAAAUGCGGGGAGCAAUGCAGGGAUACCAGGAACAUGUAAAAUUGGGGAAAUAUAACACUGCCAAGGGAGCCAAUAAAUUGCCAGUAGCUGACCCAGUCCCAUGGAGAUCCACAAAUUUCCUGUCAAGUAUUCCAAAUAGUUGUUGUAUGGAAGUUCAGUGAGCUACAAGAGAUCACAAGUAAAUAGUUUAACAGAAUCAGGCAAACAACACAAGAACAACAUGAUACGUUCAAGAAAGAUAGAAACCAUAAAAAAGAAGCAAAUAGAAAUUCUGGAGCUGAAGAAUAUAAUAACUGAAUUAAAAACUGAUUAGAGUGGUUCAGUAGCAGACUUGAUCACACAUAAGAAAGAACCUGAGAAUUCAAAAGACAGACCUUUGAAAUUAUCUAGUGGGAGGAGAAAAAAUAAAAGAAUGAAGAAAGACU